AUGCGGUCCCUAUCACCAGGAGACCCUGUUUUCUUCUACGCCGCCAUAGACGAACUCGACCGUGUCAUAGAUCCACCAAAUAACACCGCUAUCAAAGAAUUCCUAAGAAGCAACCGCACACCCACAGAAGAGCAGACACGCAAAAAAACUCUUUUCAUGGAGGGUGUCAUGGUCGAUGCGACAGAUAGAAAUCUCGUCUGCAUCUUCUUCGACGUGAAAGAUACAAAUGACGUCUCUGAACUCGUCCGUUCUUCCCUUUCCCAACUGGAAAAAAGGUACCAGGACGUGGCGGAGGAUCAUAUUGCCCCCCCGCUAGGCCCCAAUGACCAUAAUUACUUUAACCACUCCGCAGUCUGGAACUGCGGACUCUACCCUGGACAUCCAAAGACCAGGGUGAGGGAAGGGUAUGUGAGGAUUUGUUACAUGUUCGAGACCCGGGCCAGACAUAGUGGCGAGGUACUUAUGUGGCUGUAUUCCAUGCUCCGGGUGUUGUCUAGACAUCCUGAUUUGCGUCGGGGUGGUCUGCCCAUCGAACAUAGAGGUUUGGUACCUUACUAUGUCAAGACGUGA